GUUAAUAUAAUCACUAGAAAGUGUGCAGGAAGACAAGAAAAAAUGAUACAAGAAAUGCACAUCACUGAUGGUUUUUAUUAAGCUAAAGGAGAUGCUUCGCCAAACACUCGCCUGCCAUUCUGUAGUAAAGUAAGACAAGGAGAAAUGUAUAUAUGAACGGGUUAUAUCAGUGGAAGAAGUUUGGCAGAAAUAGUAGUAGACAUUACAGUGCAGUAUUGAUAAAAGUGAAGGAAGAUGUGAAACCUCAUUUUGAAAGGGGAUUAUUCAAGAGAACAUACCCUGCCAAGUUAUAUUGCAGUAUUUCAGAGUUAUAUUUUGUACCCAAGGGAUGCUGUACUAACAGUUGCAGAGUGUCUGCUUGAGGGGUCUCUCCCAAAGGAUUGCUUACUUCAGGCACCUAUGGAAUAUAAUAUUACUCGGGAAUGGUUCACUUCUAGUGUGAUAAACUGUCUAAGGGAAAAUAAUUUCACAUUGGAUUGUUUUCCUAAGAACCAUUAUCAAGAAUUUGAUUUUGGAAAUUGGCUGCAAUAUGUUCAAGAAAUGAAAAAUAAGGUAGUCAUAGCACUAUGGGCAUGCCUGGUAACAUUCCUAACAUUAUAUUCCAUCUAUAAAUUCAGUAUGUGCAUUGGAGAUU